AUGCUUGCAAACUGCAUUGUUGAAAAGUAUGCAUUAAUUGAAGUCAAAAACUGCACAGGCAAGUUCCAUAAUGUUUUACUUCUUGGUAUCCAACAGAAUACAAAUGCAACAAUCAUUGAAUCGUAUCCAUUGCUUAUCAUUUUCCAAAGUAAUUUGAUUUUCGACUUUUUAAACGUUGUUAACUGCACAUCUAACGAUCCAAGCUUACUAAGAGUUAAUACACAAGAUGGAAACUCUACAAUUCUCUUCAAUAACUCAUACGUCCAAGGCGAUUUAUCAAUUGAAGGUUUUACAUCCUAUUAUCCAUAUUUACUUCCAUUAGUAAUCGAUUUCAACUUGUUCAACGAAGAACAAAGACAAUCCGAAAAGCUUGACUACCUUCACUAUACAACACCUCCAACAACAAUUCCUUCUGCUUCUCCUUCAUCUACUCCUGAUGCUACACCAUCUUCUUCUGACGAACAGGAUGAUAAUAAGGCAAAGAAAAACAAGGUCAUGAUAGCAGUAAUUAGUGUAGCUGGAUUUAUCGUUUUGGCUGCAAUUAUUGUUGCUGUUGUCAUUGCUAUCAUAAGAUAUAGAGGUACACAUUAUAAUGUGAAGACUAGUGAUUACGCAGAUGGCACAGAAGGAAAAGCUGGUGAUGAGGAGUUCCUUACUCAAGAUAAUUUAUAA